CCGGCUUCGACUACAAAUUCCUGGAGAAGCCCAAGCGACGGCUGCUCUGCCCACUGUGCGGGAAGCCCAUGCGCGAGCCUGUGCAGGUAUCCACCUGCGGCCACCGCUUCUGCGACACCUGCCUGCAGGAGUUCCUCAGAUGGGGAAACGAGAUUCAAAGAAAGGCUGCGACUUGCCCAGGGUCACAGAGUUUCUUAAAGGCUUAACCGGGAUUUAAGCUCGGGCUGCUGUGAGCACACAAUGGAGGAAGGACUGAAUCCUGCCCCGAACCCGGACCCCUCUAGGCGGUUCCCUUCUCUUCCCGGGGUUGGAGUAGGGCGGGUGGGCCAUAAGUCGUGAAGGAGGGGGUCGCACUCGUUGUUACUGAACUCCCGCUGCCCUCUCAGGUCAGCCCUUGGCUCUUGGGCAUCCAUCAAGUUUCUGGGCGCCCUGUGGUGUCUAGAAUCUCCUGGCUAUGAACCUUUCAGGCCCGGGUGUGGAAGGCAGGGUGAAGGAGCCCGGACACCUGCGGAGGUCAUGUCCCAGAGCGCCAGGGGAGGCUGGGUCGGCCACUGCCUGGCUGUUUGCGGAGCAGAGGGGACCGAGGGCACGGCAGGGAGAGCACCUCUGGGGCUCCUGCCUUCAGUGCUCCCUCCCUCCAAGCCUUCCUCCCUCGCGUGGUCCUCCGCAGCUCCUACUGGCGGAAAUCUCUGCAGGCCCUUUGUUUUCUGUUCCCCACAGCCGGGGCCGGCUCCUGCCCUCACAGAUGCUCCCGCACAAGCUUCACGACUGCCCCCUCCUCCCUGGCCUCCCCCUCCCCCUGGCAGUGUACACAUUUACACUCCUACAGACACAGUCCCAUUGUCUCCGCCUUGGCUCUUCCCCGGCCCUCUGGGUUCCAGAUGAGGCCAGCUAAGCCCCCUUCCGCCCCCCCCCAACAGCUGACCCAUCCUGACUACCUCGGGGAAGGAGCAGGGGAGGGGGCUGGCAGGCCCGAUUCCUUCUACCACUUUCUUGGCCCCUCUCUGCCCCUCCCCCUCCCGGAAAUCCCCUCUUCCUCUCCCACUGCCCUCCCCCCAUCCUGUCUUCUUCCCUGGGCCUGGGCCUCCACUGCACAUCCUGGAGCAGCCUCUGCCCUGCCUCUCCCCCCAUCCCCCAGCGCCUGAGCUGUGUUGCUGAGGCUUCUGAAGGGGAGAGGUGGUUGGGCGGGCACUACUCCUCACCCUCAACCGUCACGGAACAAGCACGAGUGAGGGUGUCCACAGCCCUGGCUGGGCCCCAAGCUGCAGGCUAGGCUUCUGUCUGAAGCCUAGGGACUUGCUUCCAUCCUCUCCCUGUCUCCAAAACCACUAAGUCAGCACAUUCUUGAAGCAGCCAAGUGGACCCCUCUACCCCUGGGCCCACCCCUCUUUCCCCACUCCUGCCUGAGCUGUUAGGUUGGCCCAGGAAUGCUGGUUGCCCUGUGGGCAGACACACCCCUUCACUGCCUGCGCUGCUUGUAUUGUCCUUGGCAUUGAUAGUGGGGUCAGUGGUAGUGGGGUCAAGGGGAGGAGGUGGGUGCUAGAAAUCCUUGGGGCAGUAGGGGCCUGGACUGCCCAGACCCUGGAGAGUGCCUCUAGAACUGGGCUGCCUUUUGGGCUCUGCUUCCGCCUUGCUCCCUGCCUGCCUCCCACCUACCUGACUCAGACCUGCCAGGAAUGCCCUGCCCCAGGGCCUUCAGUCCUGCUGGGUGAGCUCUUGCUCUGCCUCAGCCCUGCCAGGCAUGUGUGACUGGUUGUGGCUGGGGUCAGCGAGGGCGUGUUGACAGAAAGAAGCAUGCCAACAGGCUCCUUGGGUGCUGACAGCCAGGUAGGAAUCUGCAGGAAAAGGCGGACAGCUUGCAGAAGGGGAGCGUCACCAGGCUUCAGAAGCCCACUGAGCAGUGCCCAGUCUUAGCUGUGCUUGCCUGGACAUUUUCGCUUGCCAGCUUCUCUUCCUCUGUGUGUGGUUUAGUAGAGCCUGUUUGAGCUGUGGAGUCAGACACACAUAGCCAGGUGCUGCUUCACUUGUAAGCUGUUCCAUCUGUAAAAUGGGGGCAUUCCACCCUUUCUCAGAGGCAGGUGGCAAGGGCCGGGGAGGAGUAUAAACAAGUGCCAGGGAGCAUGCCUUUCCUCCCCUUUCCCAUGGGAGACACACCCUUAAAGGAGGAGGGCUGGGUGAGGUGGCCGCAAGCUGACCUUUGCCCUGGUUCUUGGCAGGGGACCUUCCUGGGGACUGGGCAGCCAUGGAAGGCCCUUAAUCUCUGCCCAUCCCUGUUCCCCCUCCCAAUCAGCUUUCAGCCCAGCCAAUGAAAACUAACCUGGGGGGAGGGGGUGGACUGUGCAACCUGUUCCUUUCCCAGUUCAGCUGCCUUCCUGGGGGAGGGGGUGCCAGCUGCCACCUGUUGGCCAAGUCCUGACUGAGGCAGCUUGUGCCUCCACUAGGCCGAGACCCCCCUUCCCAGGAGACCCCCCUUCCCAGGACACGGGCUAGGGUAUCUUCUGGGAUCCUGGGGAAGUGGAGCCCCUAGGGCCUUUGCUUGCCCUUUUGUCUCACCUGGGCUGGCUGGGAACCGGUCUGGUGAGGGAAGGAGGCUGCUCUGGUGGAGGGGGUGGAGCCAGGCCUUCCUUUCCCCUAAUGAGAAGCCUUGACCCUGCCCCUCCCCGCUUUCAGUGAAGGAGUCUUCAAGUGCCCUGAGGACCAGCUUCCUCUGGACUAUGCCAAGUUCCCCCUAUCCCCACCCCCAGAUCUACCCAGACCCGGAGCUGGAAGUACAAGUAUUGGGCCUGCCUAUCCGCUGCAUCCACAGUGAGGAGGGCUGCCGCUGGAGUGGGCCACUACGUCAUCUACAGGGCCACCUGAAUACCUGCAGCUUCAAUGUAGUUCCCUGCCCUAAUCGCUGCCCCAUGAAGCUGAGCCGCCGUGAUCUACCUGCACACUUACAGCACGACUGCCCCAAGCGGCGCCUCAAGUGCGAGUUUUGUGGCUGUGACUUCAGUGGGGAGGCGUAUGAGAGUCACGAGGGUAUGUGCCCCCAAGAGAGUGUCUACUGUGAGAAUAAGUGUGGUGCCCGCAUGAUGCGGCGGCUGCUGGCUCAGCAUGCCACCUCGGAGUGCCCCAAGCGCACUCAGCCUUGCACCUACUGCACUAAGGAGUUCGUCUUUGACACCAUCCAGAGCCACCAGUACCAGUGCCCAAGGCUGCCUGUUCCCUGCCCCAACCAGUGUGGUGUGGGCACUGUGGCUCGGGAGGACCUGCCAGGCCAUCUGAAGGACAGCUGUAGUACCGCCCUGGUGCUAUGCCCAUUCAAAGACUCCGGCUGCAAGCACAGGUGCCCUAAGCUCGCAAUGGCACGGCAUGUGGAGGAGAGUGUGAAGCCACAUCUGGCCAUGAUGUGUGCCCUGGUGAGCCGGCAACGCCAGGAGCUGCAGGAGCUUCGGCGAGAGCUGGAGGAGCUAUCAGUGGGCAGUGAUGGCGUGCUCAUCUGGAAGAUUGGCAGCUACGGGCGACGGCUGCAGGAGGCCAAGGCCAAGCCCAACCUUGAAUGCUUCAGCCCAGCCUUCUACACACAUAAGUAUGGUUACAAGCUGCAGGUGUCUGCAUUCCUCAAUGGCAAUGGCAGUGGCGAGGGCACACACCUCUCACUGUACAUUCGAGUGCUGCCUGGCGCCUUUGACAAUCUCCUUGAGUGGCCCUUUGCCCGCCGUGUCACCUUCUCCCUGCUGGAUCAGAGCGACCCUGGGCUGGCUAAACCACAGCACGUCACUGAGACCUUCCACCCUGACCCAAACUGGAAGAAUUUCCAGAAGCCAGGCACUUGGCGGGGCUCCCUGGAUGAGAGUUCUCUGGGCUUUGGUUAUCCCAAGUUCAUCUCCCAUCAGGACAUCCGAAAGCGAAACUAUGUGCGGGAUGAUGCAGUCUUCAUCCGUGCCGCUGUUGAACUGCCCCGGAAGAUCCUCAGCUGAGUGCAGGCGGGGCUCAAGGGGAAAGGAGAAUGGGGCAGACCUGAGUCAGGCACUGCUAAACUUGGAGAGGGGGCCGGACCCCCGUCCGCGGCUUCUGCAUAGGUUCUGUUAUCCCAUUCUUCCUCCCUGAACCACCACCCUCAGGUGCCUCCAAUUGGUGCUUCAGCCCUGGCCCCUGUGGGGAACAGGUCUUGGGGUCAUCAAGGGCUGGAAACAAGUGACCCCAGGGCCUGUCUCUCUUCUUGGGCAGGGCAGACAUGCCUUGGUGCUGGGUCACACUCUACCAGAACUGAGGUGCCUGCUCAGGUGCUAUGUCCCAAGAGCCAUAGGGGGGUGGGAGUUGGGGAUGGAGGAAGGGUACUUCAGUCUGUCUUGAGAUCUGAUUUUUUUUUCCCCUUUCCCUAGCUGUGUACCCUCUGGUUAUUUAUUUCCUUAGUGCCAGGAGGGCGCAGCAGGGGAGCCCUGAUUUUUAAUAAAUCCAGAAUUGUAUUUAUUAA